AUUACAUGCAAUCCUUGUGCAAAAAUCAUUUCCUCCAGCAGCUGUAUCGGAAAAUCGACGGUGCCGUACUCUGGUCACAGAACGAACGUAAUCUCGACUGUAUCAUCACCUUUCAGACGCAUUCGAUAUUGCAGCGGUUCAUGUUACGCUUCGAUAUGUUGCAAUUGGAUUGCAAUGAUCAUUUGUAUGUCUAUGAUGGGGCACAUGCUGUGGCAACACCCAAGAUCGAUAUAUCCUGUCGCCAGACAAAGCAAACAGUCAGUUCAAUCUUGACCCGCACCAAUUUUGUGACACUCAAAUAUGUGACAGAUAAUUGGGGUACGGAUACGAAUGGUUUCAAAUUGGUAAUAACAUCGGUAAAGGAUCCAAAGCAUACAUGCAAAGAUUUCACCUGUGAAUCGAAUGGUUUUUGCAUAAAUCCCGAUCUACUGUGCGAUGGCAUUAAUCAUUGCAGCGAUAACUCCGACGAAUCGGUGCAUAAUUUAUGCCAAAAUGAAACCACCAGCACUGUAUUUGGCAUGGAUAUGACAUGGAUUGUAAUGAUUGUGGUUAGUAUCCUGCUGAUAAUAAGUGCCGCCAUUGUGGGCAUAACCAUAUGUGUGUGUCGGCGGCAGGACGAUGGUAAUAAUCAGCAUACAACGGCCAUGCAAUUACAUCACACGGCCGAAACGAAUGGCUCCUCGAAACACCUGCAUUACACACACGGCAUUGCCGGAGGCGGUGGCGGCGGCGGUACACUAAGCCGUGAGCACACCCAACUACCGCCAACGUCGGGAAACUGGCAUCACCCUGCGGGACCAUACGGGUACCUCCGCACGCAACUCAACUACUUGAAGAUGGCCACCAAAGUCCGUCCCAUCUGGUGCUUGGCAAAUUUCGUCAAUUAGGUCAAGAUCUCUCAGCAACGUCCGCUAACAAUUUGGGCAUGUCCCAGACAAACAUCGCAAUCAAUAAUGUGGCCGCAAAUCCCGCCAAUGCUGUGGGUGCUGCCCAAAAAGAUGAAUGGUUUGUCUG